AUGUCUCUCUCUAUUGUUUUGUUCGUUGUUUGUACUCCCAUACCUUUCUAUCUCUUCAAGAGAUAUCGCCCUAGCUGGUGUCGAUGUCGCUGCUGCGAAAGAGCGGACCCGCCACCCAAAACCCAAGAGGACUGGGAUCUUGAGAAACUCGAUUGUUACGCUGGCGUUGGCAAGCUGAAGUGGUGGUUCGCGGUGAAGAAGAAACGCCCCGCUGGCGGAGAGUUUAUCUGUGCCUUCUGCCUCGAUCCCGUUCUUGAUCGUCAGCUGGUCCGCAAGAUCAGAUGCCGUCACGUCUUUCAUAAAGAACGCCUUGAGACUUGGUAUUUGAAGAAGAAGCACCAGUGUCCGACUUGUCAGAGGUAUUUCAUUUGGUACCGGUUUCCGUUGGAUGGGUUAUUCGUUUGA